CAGGAACUCCCACCCCUCUGGCCGUCCUCUCCAUGCUCCUGUCCUCUGCCACUCUCUGUGGGACUCCCAUCCUGUCUGCACAAGUGACAGUGUUGCCGCUGUGAGACGCUGCGACCAUGGCUGCAACUGGUACUUUCCGUAUGGUGUCCGAGGAGGAGCAGGCCAUGAGGUCAAAGCUGGAGCACCUGACAGUGAAGGACCACGGGUCAGUGUUUGGACCGUGCCACAAACUUCCUGGCCACACUGUCCAAAAGGCAAAGGAUGAGCUGCAAGAGACGAACGAAAGACGAGGGACAUCCCUGAAAGAUCUGCGGGUCAUGAUGAAGGAGAGGGCGUCAGAGGGAGACGACCUGGCCAAACUGGUGCUGGACCGCUUCGGGGACAAACCGGACUCGCUUCUGGUUCGCUUCCUCCGAGCACGAAAGUUUGACGUCACCAGAACACAUGAGCUCAUGAAGGGUUAUGUGCGCUUCAGGAAGGAUUAUCCCGAGUUGUUUGAGAACCUCACCCCUGAGGCGGUCCGCAGCACCAUCGAGGCUGGCUACCCAGUGGUUCUGCCCAGCAGAGACAAAUAUGGACGCGUGGUUCUGCUCUUCAACAUUGACAGCUGGGACCUGGAGGAGAUCACCUUUGACGAGGUGCUGAGAGCGUAUUGCGUGAUCCUGGAGAAGCUGCUUGAAAACGAGGAGACUCAGAUCAAUGGAUUUGUCCUAAUUGAGAACUUUAAAGGCUUCACCAUGCAGCAUGCCUCGGGAAUAAAGACAGCAGAGCUUAAAAAGAUGGUGGACAUGCUGCAGGACUCCUUUCCUGCGCGCUUCAAGGCAGUCCAUGUCAUUCACCAGCCCUGGUACUUCACCACGACCUACAACGUGGUUAAACCCUUCAUGAAGGCCAAGCUGCUGGAGAGGGUCUUUGUUCACGGUGAAGAGUUGGAUGGCUACUUUAAAGAAUUCGAUGCAGACAUCCUGCCGUCAGAUUUCGAUGGAAAAGCCCCAGUGGCCGACUAUCAAAACAUCGCGACCCAACUCUUUGGCUCCGAAGACACUGCUCUCUGAAAGAACAUUCCCACGUUUUUUUGUACUGAAGCAUAUGAGAGUAUAAAAGAAGCCGAGGUCAGUCUGCAGAUAAGAUUAAUGUAUAAAUAGAGGGGAAAUGACACCUAGUUAUCAUAGAGAAUAAUUCUUACAUUUUGUUUAUACUGCAAGGCACUGGUAUUACUGUAUGUUGUUGAGUGGGGCAAGGAAAGAUAUAUGGUGGCAUUAUGAUUGAAACAAUCAGAUAAAUUUGGUUUGAUAUUGUUUGCCUUAAAUGUCGGACGCAAAAGGCUAAACUUGCAUAAAAUUAAUCCUGAGUGCAGAAGUUGUCGUCUCUCAGAUUUUUGAGAUUUAGAUGGACUUUAUGAGUAUUAUUCCUAAUAACAAGGGAGUGGAUUUGCCUUAGAUCAUUGUGGUGCCUUCAGAAAAUGUCCAUUUAUCAGCAGCCAUGUUUUCACUUAAGCAAACUUCUUUCUGUUUUUUUGUAUUUUUUUGCAGAGCUGAAAAAAAAUUGCUGUAAGACAUGUCAGUAGUUCUGUAAAAGUUAACUUGUUUAAAUCUGUUAACCUAGUAUUUGAAUGUAGCUAUAAACCCAGUUUCCACCAAGAGUUUUUUCUUUGUUAUUUUUGCCAUUAACUAUGUUUAGUCUAGCCUGACCCACAUUAAUGAGCCACUUUCCUUCCUCAUGCGUUGCCUCAGGCUUAAUUUCUACCACGAGUUUCUUGACUGGAACAACUUCUACUAACUGUAUUAAAUACAAAAAUGCAUGCAUUUCUCCUAACGACCGCAAGUGAAAUUUGAAUGAGUUUAGUUUCCUGGAAUUCAAAAUCAAAGUCCUGGACUUUUUUUUUUUUAUGCUCUUAGAAAAAAAUAUUUGUGAAGAAACUUAAUACAGUGUUACUUUUUACAGAAGAUAAACAUAGCUCUCAUUAGCACUGUGGUAAAUUAUACCAUUCCACAAUUAAUUAUAUUGAUCAGUAAAUCAACUAUUCAAUUAAUAAAUCUGAAAAUACCUUCUUCUUCAGUGAAUGACCACUGCUUUAUAAAAACCACAUGGUUUAAUUAUUUCUCAGUCCUAUGAGCCAUUUUCCUCGGACUUUCAGAAACAAUCCAAGUGUGAUAGAUCUCAUUUUACACAAUGUGUUGAAGAAACAAAAUGAAAGGAGAAUCUUUCUUCAUUUGAGAAAAUAAUUUAUUUAAGAACACAAUGACCAUGUUUCCUCACAAUUAGAUCACACACUCCACUGGUUUUCUUUAAAAAAAAAAAAAAAUACCCAGUGUUGUCUUAGAGUACACCAUGUUGUGUGACUGUGCAGGUCCCUUCAAGCUGUCACCACACUAAAACAAAAAAUUUAAAUUAAAGCUGUGUAAUAAUACCUGUAUGUUCUUACCGAUGUGUUUUAGGCCAAAUUACUUUUUAAUAAAGAAAGAAAGAAAAAGUGUUUAAAGGAAUAAAAUGAGCAACCAUCAUACAGCCUAGCGAUUGUGUUUUUAUAUAUUUAAAGCAAUCGGGGGUAAAUGAUGUGUUUGCUUGCAAGUAAAUAUGAGCACAGAAUCCUGACGCCUGAAGCACUGGCGUUAGGAUAAAUAUCUCACAUCAGAACUUUUUAGAUCCCACAACGCAUUACAAAAUUACCCCAAUGUGCAUGGCAUGUUUGGUUUAACAGUUUUCCCCCUUUUAAAAUCUCAAUAGUGUCAAAAAAAGAAAAAAAAAAACAUCCCUGACUGGUUAUUGCCAUGAUUGGUUUAUAUUACUGGUCCCUUCAAAAAAAGUCCAUCUAAUUAACUUUUUUUUUUUUUGUUCUUAAAUUUUUGGUUAUUGACGAUCAGAGGUGUUGAAAUGACACAGUAUUCUCCCAUUUACACACAACGCUAACUCUGCUGCAUUUACCAAGCAAGUAACAAAAGAAAAAGACAAAAUGGAAAUACAAAACAAGAAAAAUGAUACACACAAAACAAUCUAAAUAAUACAUCCAAGCAUUCAGUUUUGUGCAAAGUUGAAGAGAGAGGCCUUGAAAAGAACACCAAAUGGCUUUUAGUGCAGAAUCUGGGUUAGUGCUGGUGACGAUCCUUCAGUGAGCCUGAAGAACCCCAAAAUCACGUCUGUUUAGUAGGAAACGAGAGCUGUGGACAGGUGAAACCAUGCAACAAGACUGUGGGUGGAUGAGAAGACGAUAGGUAUGAAAGCCUGGGAGUUGUAGUUACAUCUCCCUGACAGCAGAUGGCAACAGUGCCAUUAGAGGCGAAGAACAACUGAUGGAGCUGCGUACACUAGUUUAGACAGAGUAAAAAUAUUGGAGAUUUUUCUAGUUCAAUAUGUUCUGAUUCUGGUCAAUCUCUCUUUCAAUUUUCUCCUCAGAGAAAGUUGGGUCUAAUCAUCAUAGUGGGGAGAUUACUAUCUGGAAUUUAUAAUAUCUGUUCCAAAUAUAUAUACUUCGUGGAAAUGUAGACUUCCAAAUAAGCUUAGCGCUUAAUCACAGCCGAUUUUAGACUUGCAGAUUAGAACAACAGUCUAGAACAAUUGCUUUAAUAGUCAGGACUAUUAAAGCAAUGAAGAGAAAAAAAUAAACUACACACUGUCUAACAGAGAAUUAAAAAGUCAAAGGCUCAAAAUAAAAACUUUUUUUUAUUUAUUAUAUGCGUUAUUCUAGCAGCUCAGUUAGUUUACCUGAGUAAAUAAAAUGAAGUUUGGCAUGGAGCGGUUUUGAUUCUUACAGCUUAACAAAAGGCACUGUUGUCAUUCACGUCAUCAUUUCAAACCACCCAUGUGUCUCGUCGUCACAGUGUUCAGCAGCAGCUUUUCAACCACUGGGUUCCCAGUCUGGAUGAAGCGCUGACGGGAGCUUCCUGAGCCCUUACAACAAGGUUUGUAUUAACUUUCAACAAAGUUCCUGGUUGUGACAGACAGAUCCACAAGUCCCAGCACUUACAGUUUGAUUUUGACAUCAUGCUGCGGCGCUUCCAACACUUUAAACACAUUAUGGUCGAAAGAAAAGAUAAAUAAAUACAAUAAGCUCUUAAAUAUCUUGGCUGAAAGAAAAAA